AUGAAGGUGUUGGAUCUGAGUGGUGCCUCAUUAAAGAUUUUCCCGAAUGAAGUUGUCAAACUAGGCCAUCUCACAUAUCUAAGUUUAAAGGGAACUGAGGUAAAAAAAAUUCCAAAGUCAAUAGGAAGGCUCAAGAACCUGGAAAUCUUGGACCUCAGACACACCUACGUCACUGAGUUGCCUGAUGAGAUCCUAAAUCUCGAAAGAUUGCGCCAUCUCUUGGCAUUUCGAUAUGAAGAAAAACGUAAUUAUUAUUCUUUUAAUAAUGAGUGUGGGUUCAAAUCCCCGGUUGAAAUAGGAAGUUUGACCUCCUUGCAGAAACUCGGUUCAAUUGAAGCAAACCACGGCAGUGGCAGCAUUGUACCAAGAGAGAUAGGGAAGCUGACCCAACUGAAGUCAUUAGGCAUUAUAAAGGUAAGAGGUGAAGAUGGUAGGGCACUAUGUUCAUCCCUUGAGAAGCUAAUCAAUCUUUAUGCAUUGUAUGUUACUGCAACAGAAGAAGAUGAGAUCAUUGAUCUACAAUCUCUAUCUUUGCCUCCUCAACUUCUCCAAACACUAUUCCUGAAGGGACGUUUAGAGAAGUUACCGCAUUGGACACCUUCUCUUCACAGCCUAGUGACAGUAUGUCUACGGUGGCGCAAGUUAAAAGAUGCCGAUUCACUGCAAUAUCUUCAAGGUUUGCCCAAUCUGGUUUAUCUUGAUCUUGUUGAAGCAUAUGAAGGGGAGGAAUUGUGUUUCAAGGCUGGUGGGUUCCAGAAGCUUAAGAUUUUAAUGCUUAUUAGAUUAAAAGGAUUGAGGCGGGUGAUAGUGGAGGAAGGUGCGAUGCCUCAUCUUGAAGAGCUAUAUAUUCAGAAUUGCAAAUUGAUGGCGGAGUUGCCCUCAUGCAUUGAACAGCUAACCAACCUUACAUUGCUUGACUUAUUUGAUAUGUUUGAUAUAUUGGUUUCCAAGUUGAAUAGAGACCUACAAGGUGGGGAUUACUGGAGAAUAGCUCACAUCCCUGAAGUUUGGAUUGGGGACACAAAAGAUGGUCGUUGGAGAGGAACUAAUAUGUAG